UUGGGAUUUCUGCUUUCUAGGGGUUUCAAAGACGCAUAAGCCUGAGAGGCCAACUUAGGGUCGCUGUGCGAGAGGAGGGACGGCCGGUGGCCAGGCGAGGGGUCCGGCGAGCAGAGCGCGCCCUGCCCCGGCCCCUGCGCCGCGCUGGCUGGCUGGCUGGGGACUGGCAGGAACCGGAGCAGCACUGCCGCCUCUGGCGCGAAGGCUCAGGCGCCUCCUCCCGCCCCAGUCACUGUGGCUCCGCGCACGCCGCCGGCAGCUGCCCUUUCCGCCUCUGGGGAAGAAAACCCGCGGGCCGCUGUCGCGCUCCAACCAUGGCCUCGGGCCGAAGAGGCUGGGACAGCUCCCACGAAGACGAUCUGCCGGUGUACCUAGCCAGGCCGGGCACCACAGACCAGGUCCCGCGGCAGAAGUACGGGGGCAUGUUCUGCAACGUGGAGGGCGCCUUCGAGAGCAAGACUCUGGAUUUCGAUGCCCUGAGCGUGGGGCAGCGGGGCGCGAAGACUCCCCGAAGCAGCCAGGGCAGCGGCCGCAGCUCAGCGAGCCGACCGGGGCUGGAGGGGGACCCCCCGCGCAGGGGCCAAGGCCGGGAGGAGAGCAGGGAUCCCGCGCCCGCGUCGCCCACGCCCGCUGGGGUCGAGAUCCGCAGCGCCACCGGCAAGGAGGUUUUGCAGAACCUUGGUCCCAAGGACAAGAGUGACCGUCUUCUUAUCAAGGGAGGCAGAAUCGUCAACGAUGAUCAGUCCUUUUACGCUGAUAUUUACAUGGAAGAUGGCUUAAUAAAGCAAAUUGGAGACAACCUGAUCGUCCCUGGAGGCGUGAAGACCAUCGAGGCCAAUGGGAAGAUGGUGAUCCCUGGAGGCGUUGAUGUCCACACUCACUUCCAGAUGCCCUACAAGGGGAUGACCACAGUGGAUGACUUCUUCCAAGGGACGAAGGCUGCCUUAGCGGGCGGCACAACCAUGAUCAUCGACCACGUGGUGCCCGAGCCUGAGUCCAGCCUGACGGAGGCCUAUGAGAAGUGGCGAGAAUGGGCCGAUGGGAAGAGUUGCUGUGACUACGCCUUGCAUGUGGACAUCACCCACUGGAAUGACAGCAUCAAGCAGGAGGUGCAGAGCCUGAUCAAGGACAAAGGGGUUAACUCCUUCAUGGUUUACAUGGCCUAUAAGGAUUUGUAUCAAGUGUCCAACACAGAGCUCUACGAGAUCUUCACCUGUCUGGGAGAGCUGGGAGCCAUUGCUCAAGUUCAUGCUGAGAAUGGGGAUAUCAUUGCCCAGGAGCAAAACCGGAUGUUGGAAAUGGGGAUAACUGGCCCAGAAGGUCAUGUACUGAGCAGACCAGAGGAGCUGGAAGCUGAGGCUGUGUUCCGUGCCAUCACCAUCGCCAGCCAAACCAACUGCCCUCUCUAUGUCACGAAGGUCAUGAGCAAAAGCGCGGCCGACCUCAUCUCACAAGCCAGGAAAAAAGGAAACGUGGUCUUUGGCGAGCCCAUCACGGCCAGCCUUGGCACAGAUGGAACCCAUUACUGGAGCAAGAACUGGGCCAAAGCAGCUGCAUUUGUGACAUCUCCACCUCUGAGUCCUGACCCAACCACUCCUGACUAUAUCAACUCCUUGCUGUCCAGUGGGGACCUGCAGCUCUCUGGCAGUGCUCACUGCACCUUCAGCACCGCCCAGAAGGCUAUCGGGAAGGACAACUUCACAGCCAUUCCUGAGGGCACCAACGGUGUAGAGGAGCGGAUGUCUGUCAUCUGGGACAAGGCUGUGGCCACAGGGAAAAUGGAUGAAAACCAGUUUGUGGCUGUGACAAGCACAAAUGCUGCCAAGGUCUUCAACCUGUAUCCCCGUAAGGGGAGAAUAUCUGUGGGUUCUGACAGCGACCUGGUGAUCUGGGAUCCAGAUGCUGUCAAGAUUGUGUCUGCCAAGAAUCACCAGUCGGCUGCAGAGUAUAACAUCUUCGAAGGGAUGGAACUGCGCGGGGCGCCUCUGGUGGUCAUCUGCCAGGGUAAGAUCAUGCUGGAAGAUGGCAACCUGCACGUGACCCAGGGGGCCGGCCGCUUCAUCCCCUGCAGCCCCUUCUCCGACUACGUCUACAAGCGCAUUAAAGCCCGGAGGAAGAUGGCAGACCUACACGCGGUCCCCAGGGGCAUGUACGAUGGGCCCGUGUUUGACCUGACCACCACACCUAAGGGCGGCACCCCAGCGGGCUCCACCCGGGGCUCUCCCACGAGGCCGAACCCGCCCGUGAGGAACCUCCAUCAGUCGGGAUUUAGCCUCUCAGGCACUCAAGUGGAUGAAGGAGUUCGCUCGGCCAGCAAGCGCAUCGUGGCGCCCCCUGGAGGCCGUUCUAACAUCACAUCCCUGAGUUAAGCAACCCCUUCCCAAAGAAAGGGGCCAGAAGCAAGAAGAGAUUUUUUUGAAGCCAAAAUGGUACACCGAUAUUUAAGAAGGAAAGCGAAUCCAAACAGUUGCGAUCUAAAGAAUCAAUAAGCCUCAAGCCUUAUGUUUCUCUAAUGUUACGCUCGCUUGCCUAGCUUUACGAAUAUUGCUUUGUCUUCUGUUUAUGCCUAGCCUUGAUUUUGUUGACCCUCCCUCCCAUUUACAUGCAUGCAAUCAGACACUCUAAGGUAAAAGAGUCUGCUAUAUAGUGUUGAGAGUGUGUGUAGUGCUGCAUCUUAAGACAAGGGGACAGACAAAGCUGGAUGUCAGGAAGUGAACAAAAGGGACACAGUUAUUUGGGGUGAGUGGGUGGUGGGAGCCCAGAGCAAGGCAGAGGGAUCAGAGGGGCUGGGAUAGGGUGUGUACGGAGGGGUGGGGGGUGGGUGGGUGCGCAUAAGGGGUCUUGUGUAUUGUGUUAAUGAAUUACAUUUAUUUCCGUGGAAGAUGGCUCCUUGGGGCACCUAUCAUGGUCCCCUGGGGUCUACAGAGGAGGCAGGCGUUCUUUGCGUUCUGGACUUUGUCACGUCCUCUCUUAGUAGAUUUUAUUCCUUUGAACAUUUUAUUAAAACACCAAAACCCACCCAUUGCUUCCACCUGCUUGGUGGUGCCAGUGUUUGGUCAGGCCUCUUUCUCAGCAUUGCUUUCAAACUCUUCUCUUUCCUGGGUUGGGAAGGAAGAGAGGAAAGACACUUCUCCUCUGGCCUACCCACCUCUUUGGUGCUUUUAAAAGGCUACCGCUGGGAGCACAGCACGAGCCCUCAGGGUGGGGUCGGCCACACUUCAGUAACGCCUCCUUCUAAACCUGCGUUGGAGAUCACCUCUCACUCUCCUGUCUUUGCAAACCAAGAAAAGAAGCAUGUUUCUGGCACCCCGAGUUAGGAGAGGAGCGGAGAGGGGCCAGUGCUGAGUCACCGUCUUGAUCUCCUGAGAUCCAGGCACAGCCAUGAUUGAAUAGGAUUUUUGUUGUUGUUGUUAUUGAAAAUUUAUUUUCUUAGAUGUUCCUUAACUUUUACAACAAAUAGGUCAUCUCAGCUUAUAUGGGAGUCAAGCAGGAGUUCGGGAAAGCCAGUCUGGAGCAGAAGGAGCACUUUCUAUGGCCGUGGCUCUACUUUUACAUCCUAAGCCAUCUGUCUCCCCUUCCAUUAGCACAUCCUUUGGGGGAACUUUGGUUUCGGUACCAAAAUAUCCCAAGGCAGGUGCCCGUGGCACCCAGCCUUUCUGACAUAGCACAUAAAGGAAGUUAGCAAGGAGCGUUUGCAUCUACCUUGUCUGUCAGAACUGAAUGUCCAUUUCCACAUCUUGCCACUUCUGAAAAUUCAAUGUUGGAGCGAGUUCUGUGAGCCAGAUGGAGAUCUGUAGAAUUAAGAGGCCCAUAUGCAUUGAAAACUCUAUUCAACCUCGGAUCAGACUUCUUUGUUGGGAGAUCCAGCUGGUAGAACCCGUAACCCUGUGUACUAAGUACUUUGAAGAGAAGAGCAGGCCUCAAACACCUUCAGGUGCUUCAGAGAAACCAUUAUCGUUAACUGAAGGUUUUCAGUGGAAGGCCAGAGGAAAGGGAACAUGUAGCUGAAGAGGAAUUUGGAAAUAGCCAGAAAAGAGGAUUUCCCUUAGCAAGCUAAUUUCUGUUCUAAUCAUGAAAACGAUGAUUUCCCCUCAAAAGAAGGAAUCUUGCUACUUUUAAGGCUUUUUCAUGGGGUCUUUAUUUUAAGGAAACUUAUGUGAAGGUGUGGAUGUAACUCUUGGUUUAUAACUCAAAGAUGUGGGGGCCUGUUGCAAACUUGGAGUGACCGUUUUGCAGACAAGUCGCUUGUCAAGUGGGAAGCAUAUUCUGUAUACCUCAUUGGCGGGGCUGUGCUUUAGGAUAUCUUGUAGUACCAGCCAUAACCACCAGAUGGAGGAAAAGACACGUAAAUAACUAGUCAGAGCGGCCCCUUCUGUAUUUUUGUUGCUGUUACAGCCCGAGUCCAACUCAUCCCCCUCCCUAACCUCUCUGUACCAUGAAUAUAAAUCUUUCAUGGCCCAAUUGGUUGCAUUUAGGCUGUCUGAAUGAAACGUCCAACCAGAACUCUAUGUUCUGCACAAGCUUUCCAUGCUGUAGGAACAGCCCUUGAAUGCCUUCAUGGUGGGCAACGUGAUCUGAGGAAGCCUCCCGUUCUUCACUUACUAUUAGUAACUUUCCAAGCAUAGAAAUUCCUGAGAAUUCCAAGAACACCCCCACUAUUUCCUUGACUUUGAUUUCUGGUGGUUCCUUCUUACAAAAGGUAAAAUUUAUAUUUAAUUUGUCCUGUUUCAUAAGAUAUAUCAAAGAGCCCUAUACAGGGUUUAAGAAGAGAACGGCCCUCUCAGAAUUCAUUGGCACCUCAUCCAACUGUGGGACGGCAUGCUGGGUCUUCUGUCUUCCUCCCAAGCUUUCUUUUGCUGUCUCCUGUCUUGGCACGGCCCCUCUCUAAGGAGGCACCCCCACCCCCAGCCUUCUCAUAUUGUUCCUAAACCCAGAUGGCGAUCCACUAGGGUUCUGUCUGGCAGGGCCACAAUCUUAGGUAGUAGAGAAAAUAUUUGUGGAACUGUUAAAUCAGCCACCCCAAUAGAGAGAUUUCUUACUAAGUUUUCUAAAAAUGGAAGUGUUGUAGUCAUCCGGAAAAUGGGUUUCCUUCAAAGUCCAGUCGUCCUUUGGCCUUUUUCUUCAUGACCACACCAGAGUCAUGCUUCUGUUCCAAAGGCCUCACGCCUAAGCCUGGAUUUUCAUUCACCCUGAGACGCCCUUCCCAACAACGGGGUGAUGCGUCCCACAAGCUUCCCAGGGCUUCUCCCUGAAAAGCUCCAGCUUGCGUUCCAGAUAUACACAUGGGCUGUCCUGGGCAGCCAGCAUUCCUUGUAAGUUCCCUCUUUGGAAAAUGGUAUGUGAGUGUUCAGUUCUGUGUCUGGUGAAUAUGGACAGACAGUAAAUCUCCCUGUGAUCUGUGGUAGCUGUGAGGCAGCUCUGGAAUGUGAAGAGCUGUUUGGUUUGAACCGUGAAGAAAACUGUGUUUUGAGAUUAGCUGAGAUAAGAAAAAAAAAAGAAAAAAAAGUUCAUCAAGUGACUGUUAAUGUAAACCCGGUUAUUAAAAUAACUCUAAAAUCA